GAUCACCGUAUGCUGAGGUAUUCCCACAGUAAUAAGGCCUCGCUCCCGUUCAGAUGCCAAUAGUCUUUACCAGUAACUGUUAGAUGGCAAACGUGGUUGGACAGCUUUCUCCACUGGACACUGUGACUGCUUCCCAAAUGGCUCAGGCCACAGGACGGGGCCGACAGAAGUGUGACGCCACCAGAGGCUCUUCAUCAGCGCUUCUGUCCGCAGCCAGGUCCUUCCUCUGUUGGCUCACCCUACUGUCAGUAAUCCGGUUACCGACGGUAACAGGUGAUUGCUGGCUAAUUGAAGGGGAGAAAGGCUUUGUGUGGCUGGCGAUCUGCAGCAUGAACCAGCCGCCUUACGAGGCCAUUCCAUCCCACAUCAACAGCACUAUUGUGGAUCUGAGGCUGAAUGAGAACAAGAUACGGUCGAUUCAUUACUCUUCGCUCAGUCGCUUUGGCAACCUCACUUAUCUGAACCUCACCAAGAAUGAUAUCAGCUAUGUGGAAGAUGGAGCAUUUUCAGCACAAUUUAACCUGCAGGUUCUCCAGAUGGGCUUUAACAAGUUGAGGAACCUGACAGAGGGGAUGCUAAGAGGUUUGGGCAAACUGCAGUACCUCUACCUGCAGGCCAACCUCAUCGAGACCGUCACACCCAACACCUUCUGGGAAUGCCCCAACAUCGAGAACAUAGACCUCUCCAUGAAUAGGAUUCAGGUGUUGGAUGGCAGUUUGUUUUCUGUACUCUCCAAACUGACCACUUGUGAACUUUACACCAACCCUUUCAACUGUUCCUGUGAGCUGCUGAGUUUCCUGCGCUGGCUGAAUUCAUUCCCCAACAGGACCAGUGAGAGGAUGGUGUGUGACUACCCCCCGGAAUUCUCUGGCUACAACCUCCUAAGCCCGAACCCUCGAAUGGCUGCCAGCCGCAACGCUCUGCACAUACUUAGCAUUGUGUGCACCGACAAUGGCAGUAACGUGACGCCAUACUUUAUCAUUGGCUCAUCUGAUUCCACCACCCUGCCGCCAGAUUUUGCCUCUCCUUGUGGAUUAGACGACUGUGCAUCCGGGACACCUCCUGAUGAAGUCAUCAGCUUGAGCCCCAUUUUCUCUGACACCAACCCCAGUAUGACGCUGAAGCAGGUGAUGCACUCGAGUGCCGUGAUCACUGUUCAAAUCCCAAAUCCGUACAGGAAAAUGUACAUUCUGAUGCUUUACAACAACAGCUUCUUCACAGUUAUCCAGAAUCUGAAAAGUCACAGAGAAGAUGUUGAGUUAAAGAACUUAACCCCCAACACAGACUACACUUACUGCGUGGCUUCUAUUCGAAACUCACUGCGCUUCAAUCACACCUGUCUGACCAUCUCCACCGGCCGUCGGGCCGGGGCAGAGAGCGUCGCCAAUCAGUCAUCAGCCACCCACUACAUUAUGACUAUUCUGGGCUGCUUAUUUGGGAUGCUGAUUUUCCUGGGUUUUGUUGUCCACUGCCUGAGGAAGAAGCGGAUCAUGGAAGAGAAAGAGAGGAAGAUGAGCAGGAUCCAGAGGACUCUGAUAGAGCUCAAGUAUGGUGGAGAAGGAGAUAUAGAGGGAGGGAGUGGGGGUUCUGUUUCCCAAAAGCUUUCCGCUGGGGACAGUAUCUCCAGGAUGCCCUACCUGCCUCAGGGUGGUGAGAUAGAUCCGUACAAGCUCCAGGAGGUGAUAGAAACACCAGCACACAAACCUGCCAAGCUGAACUACAUGGAGGUGAGAGGAUCGGGUGUGGAAAGAGAGCGUGAAAGAGAGAUGUCGCCACAAGCCAACCCUCAAGGCUCAGUCGCGGAGAUUUCAACCAUUGCUAAAGAAGUCGACAAGGUUAAUCAGAUCAUCAACAACUGUAUAGAUGCUCUCAAAUCAGAGUCUACCUCCUUUCAACAAGGGAUCAAGUCUCCUUCUGCAGGUGGAGGGUCUGUUUCAACUGCUGAACCGCAGCUGGUUCUGCUCUCUGACCAGAGUGGAGAAAGAGGAGAGCGAGGAGGAGAAUUCCUCUCCCCAGUGUAUAAGGGUGGAAGAGGAGGAAGGGAAGACAGGGGGAGAACCUACCAUCAGUCCUUGCAGCGACACCACAGCAUGGAGGCUCCUCCAACCUCCAAAAGGCCAAGCACGUCGUCGUCUCCUGGUUCUGCCCGCAGCCCUCGCUCCUUCCGCUCAGAGGGAGGCUAUCACGCCUCCGAAUCCCGCUACAUUGAGAGGACGUCGCCAGGAGAGAGGGGAGGUGGAGGAGGCGAGGCCAUCCGUACAGUCACUCCAGCAGCGGCUAUCUUACGAGCUGAAGCCCAGAGAAUCCGUCAGUACAAUGAACACCGCCACUCUUACCCCGGAUCCCAGCAGCACCUCCAGGAACUGCAGCACCAUCCACAAAUCAUGCAGGAGCUGCACCACCACCCAGGGGGUCGUAAGCCCUCGGUUUUAGACCCCCUCACCCUCAGCAGGCAGGCCAAGCAGCGGGAGAUGGUCUACUCUCAGCUUGCGCCAAACUACCAGCUCUCUCCCCACUAUCACAACCUCAGCUACUGCUCCAGCCCAGAGGAAGACGAAGAGGAGGAAGGGCUCCUCUGCACACCAACCCUGGGCCUGUGGGAGAGGUUCAAACUGCACCGCAAAAGGCACCGGCAAGCGUCCAUGGAGGAUGAAGGAUACGUGGCGGCCGGACACGCGCUGAGGCGAAAGGUUCAGUUUGCCAAGGAUGAGGAUCUUCACGACAUACUGGACUACUGGAAGGGCGUGUCCGCCCAGCAGAAGGCCUGAUCCUGCACCGGAACAUCCCAGACCAUGACGGAGAUGGAAAACUACAAACAUGGCGUCCCUUACAUUACAUGUUGAUACGAACCCAUAUUUAAAAAGACCUGUAAAUACACACACAAACACACACAAACACACACAAACAGCCUUUGCUUCUAACAACAUAAAUGAGGACCAAACUAAUAUACGGAACAACAAAAGGUAUAACUUAUAGAGAGACAGAUUUACUUUUUGUAAUGUAAUAAAAAUUAUAGCUCAGACUUAUGUAGCUAUUUCUAUUAAGAUCUGAAUGAUUUAAAAACAAAUGGAAACCUUAACUGUUCCUGGCGACCCACCCUGAACAGAGGCUCAGUCCACCGCGAGACUGACGUUCAUCACACGUGGCUCUUGGUGAAUUAAGCUCAAAAAGUCGUCUUCAAAGAUUGUUGCUGAUCUGGAACAAGCAAAAUGCUAAAUCUAAUUCCGGAUAGGUCGCCAGGCAACAGUCAUGUUCAACUGUGCUGAGAAAGAGUAGGUAGCUCACACCAGAGAGCGAGUUUAUUGUGCCAAAUCAACAAAGGUGAUCGAGGAGCCCUACUGUGUACCACCGUCUCCUUGCCACUGUUUUUUUUAUAUAUACAGUUUAAAAAAAUAACCUAGAAUUACAUAUUACUAUUAAUUAUUCUUAAUUCUUCUUCUUAUUCCUAUGAACUUCAUCAUUACUCUUCUAUUAUUUGAAUAUGGCAUGACUGUCGUGUGACUGUGUUUUGACUGUUUUGAACCUCUCGGCUGAGACGCGCACACCGCCAGAAACAAACGGCACGCACCGGCGAGACGUUUCAGUUCUCCUUUUUUUUUCCCGAGAACAAAACGCGGCAUCUGCAUCGCCCCCCAGCCGACCUCCUGCACCUGCUCCUCGUCCUCCUGCAGAGGAACGCUGUACAGACGAGAAAGAGAGAAGUUCUAUAUUUGCAAGAGGUGACUGCUUUGUUUGUACAACAAUGGUUUUGAAAUCUUUUAGAAACCAGAAUCCCAAGUUAGCUACCUACCAGCUCACUUAACAAUGGUACGUUUUUGAUUUUGAAAUCAAACUAAAAA